CUCAGAGGUUAGGGAUAAGGUAUACGAAGAUGAGUAGCAAAGGGUUGCUGAGAGGAGCUUCGUUAACUGCAAACGCAGUGUGGCAUAGAAGCAGUUUCUUCCCAAAGGUAACGGUUAGCGUCCACCGCAAGUUGGUGAAAUUUCGAAGCUUCUCAUUAACCACCACUUGCUCCUCUCUUCUACCUCCGGAUUUGCCGCGUUUGGCAAAAACGGCUCAAAUUUCACUUACCCCAAACGAGGUUGAAGAAAUUGCUCCCAAAAUUCAACAAGUUAUAGAAUGGUUUGGACAGCUUCAGGGUGUUGAUCUUGAAAGUGUUGAACCCUCAAUCAGAGCAGAGACGGAAAACAAUUUGCGUGAUAAUGAUCCUGAAACAUUUGACCAUAGGGACGCCUUGAUCGCUUCUGUCCCGAGCUAUGAGGAGCCUUAUAUUAAAGUUCCGAGGGUCUUAAGCAUGGACUAAAGUUAAAAUUGCUUAGAUGAGUUAUUUGGUUUUCCCAAUUCAACGUAAAGGUGCAAUGGGUAUCGAGAAGGCUCAAAUCAACAUUGUGGUGGUUGGUUAUGUGGACUCUGAGAAGUUAAGGAACUCAAUAAGCCUGUUGCAGAGAGACAAAUUGCUGUCAUUAACUUAACUGCCAAAUAUAAGGCAUGACCAUCACACCAACCUUAAAAACUAGUUUAUCACAAUUAACUUAAUUACUUUUCAUUAAUUUAAUUUCAAUUAAAAAGGGAAAAAUUUAUUUUACUUGUUAUUUAUAUUACAUUUAUUUUAAAAAUUAAAAAAUUAUCAUUAUAAUAUAUUUAUUUUCCUUUCUAUUUCAUUUUUAUUAAUUUUUUAUUUUUAUUUUCAUUCUUAUUCUAUUAUUAUUUAUUAUUUUUCAUUUAUCUCUGUUUUAAUUUAUUAUUAUUUUUACUAUUAUCUCUAUUUUAUUAUCGCUGAUACACGAUACACCCAAGAAUAGGAUAUGACUACCAUAGUAAUUUUCCUUUUAUGAAGAUGCAGGUAUCCUGUACACCCAACAAAAAUAAAUUAGUAUGCAUUAUUGUACCUUUAAUCAUAUCAAAGAUCUACACAAAAUAAAUUAAUCCACCUUGUCGGUUGAUGAUAACAUCAGUGUGCAUUAUCGCACUAUGUCAGUCGGGGUAGGUGUAAUAGGUUCUUCUUAAUUUGAAAGGGUUGAUUAUGUUUUUGUU